GGGCGGGGACCUAAGGAGCCUUGGGUGUGGGCGGCCUAGGGUUAGGAAAAUAGGGUGGGCUGGGGGUGAUGUGAGUGAUUCUGGAUGGAGCCGACUCUAGCUCUAGCUUCCAGGUUGUACAGGACCUGGAGGUCAUUAGUGUUAGGCGCUCGCGGACGUUACCUAAGAUGGGAGAACUCCCCAGACCCACCCCCUGACUGUGAGGGACGGCCGUGCCGUGGACGAGGGCUUUCCCUCGGUCCACCCCCACCUCCGUGGUCGAAGAUAAAAAUUCCUGUUUUGUUUUCAAAGCCCUUAACAACCUGGCCCCUUCCUACCUCAGUCUUUCCCCUCCCCAUUUCCCCCUCAACUUCGUUUUAUUUUUAGUUUGAACUCUCUCCCUCUCUUCCCCUCGCCCCCCUUUGAGAAAGCAUGAAAAACAAAACUCGUUACAAAUGUGUGUAAAAAAAGGAAAACAAAUCCCCGCAAUAGCCCUGUCCAAGAAAAAAAAAUGUGCCUGAGUCCGUCACCUCUAUCUGAAGGAAUACGUCUUUUAUGUGAUGCAGAAAUCAACGAUAUUAGAUGUGGCAUUUGUGCCAGAAGAGGAUACAUGGGCUAAUUUUCAAUGUUGGCAGCUGUGGACUUGGCACUCCCUCCUCCUGGUUUGGAACAUGAAUAUAACACCCUCCUAACCCAAGAUGCUGUUCGGUUUCUAGCUGAAUUGGUCUCAACUUUUGAUCUGGACGUGGAUAAGAUCCUGCAGCAGCGAAUUGCUCGAAAAGUUCAGUUGGACCUAACCAGUGGCCUCCCAGACUUCUCCCCUCAUACUUCCCACAUUCGAAAGGAUAAAACCUGGAAAGUGUUGCCAGUUCCUAGGAGACUACAGAACCGUCAGGUGGAUAUUGGCGACACUGCACCUUACCAGACUGAGCGAUUCCUUAGUGCCUUAGGAUCCACUGCCCAGGGCAUUCAGGUUGAUUUUGAUGAUGGCAAUUGUCCAACUUUCUUUAAUCAAAUUAAGGGUAUCUAUAAUAUCUUCCAAGCUGUUCACCAUAAAUUUCCAGGUUCCCCACCAAUAUCCAAAGCACCCGUUCUAAUGUUUAGACCAAGAGCCUGGAACAUGGUGGAACACAGUAUGAUGGUGAAUGGAAAGCAAGUACCUGGUGCCCUCUUUGAUUAUGGUCUGCUGAUGUUCCAUGUGGGGAAGAUCUUGUAUGACAAUGAAAGCGGACCUUUCUUUUAUCUUUCAAAGGUAGAAAGUUAUCAUGAAGCCAGACUAUGGAAUAACAUAUUUGUCUGGACCCAGGAAAAGCUAAAUAUGCCCAUUGGUACAAUCAAAGCUACUGUGUUAAUAGAAAGCAUUCUGGCCUCAUUUGAGAUGGAAGAGAUUCUAUAUGAACUGAGAGACCAUUCUGCUGGCUUGAACUGUGGCAUCUGGGAUUAUUCUGCCUCUUUUGUCUCCAGAUUUGGCCAUCGAGCUGAAUUCUUGCUGCCAGACAGGAGCAAGUAUGUUAACAUGGAGAAGCUUUUCCUCAAGAGUUAUAUGGAUUUGCUGGUGCAGACAUGUCACAGGCGAGGAGCUCUGGCAACUGGGGGGAUGGCUGCCUUGUUACUACCAAAGGACCAAAAAAGUGACAGCUACCAGUCAGUCUUAGCAGCUGUUAAACGGCUCAAACUGUUUGAAAUCAAGGCUGGAGUGGAUGGAUUUAUGGUGUAUGAUAUUGGCUUGGUGGAACCAAUGCAGAAGCUAUUUAAGGAACAUACAAGAGGCCCCAAUCAGUUACAUGUCAUUCCUGAAGGUGUGAACGUGACUGCAACACAACUGCUAACCAUGCCUGCUGGAGGUGUCACCCUCCAUGGCCUGAAGUAUAACAUUGCUGUUGGAGUGCUCUUCAUAUAUUCUUGGCUGAAAGGAGAAGGUCAUUUUUACUACCGUGGUCAAGUUGAAGAUUCAGCAACAGCAGAGAUCUCCAGGUCACAGGUAUGGCAGUGGAUUCGUCAUAGAGUUAAAUUAGAAGAUGAUGAGAGAAUGGUGGUGUCAAGGAGUCUCGUUCACAACUUAGUGAAGGAAUUGAAGAAUGAACUACAAGACUAUUACUGUCAAUCUGAAAGAGCAAAACAGCUGCUGCACACUGCAACUGAAAUAUUCCUGGAAAUUGUACAGAAAAAAGAUUUCCCUGAAUUCAUCACAACCUACUUAAACCUGGACCAUACUUUCCUGGUAUCAUCUUCCUACAACCAUAGCUUUCAUUCCACAGCUGUAGUUGCUAUUCAUAGUACAGUGCAAACCAAAUCUAGGCUGUAAAGAGCCAGUGCUUGACAAAGCCAGCAAGUCUUCACUGACAGAAAUUCUACCCUCACUGACUAUUUGAAAUGCAGUAGGUUAAACUUUUUUCCACUUUUUAACUUUCUCCUCUGGCUUACACCAAUAGGCACUUUUAAAAUGUUUGAGUCACCUGUCACAAAAUAAAAUCAGGUCAAGUACUAACCCUCUCUUGAAUUGUAAGGAUUUCGUUUUGUUUUUAAGAUUAGAUAAAAUGGUAUGGCUGAAUGUAAAGGAAAACAAUCAGUACUUCCUAAUGUCCAUGUAGGUUAAAAUGACAUUGGCCUUCAAAAAACUUCGUCAGUUCUCAGCAAUAAACUUAAGGUGCUCAGUAUA